AUGGCCGCGCUGGACGAGGACUGGGAGGAGUGGUCGCCCGAGAAGGGCUCGUUCGUGCACCACAUGCUGGCGGGCUCGGCCGCGGGCGUGGCGGAGCACGUGUCCAUCUUCCCCAUCGACACGGUCAAGACGCACAUGCAGUGCCAGCGCUGCCCCGUGAACGGCAAGCCGCUGACGCUGUCGGCCACGCAGACGGCGCGCAAGCUCGUGGCGGAGGAGGGCCCGCUGCGGCUCUUCCGGGGCGUCAGCACCAUGCUGGGCGCCAGUCUGCCGGCCCACGCCGUGUACUUCUCGGUGUUCGAGGCCGCCAAGAAGGCGCUGGGCGCCGACACGCAGACGCUCACGCCCAUGGCCUCGGGCACGGCCGGCGUCAUCGCCACCGUGUGCCACGACCUCAUCAUGACGCCCAUGGACGUGGUCAAGCAGCGUCUUCAGUUAGGAUACUACAAUGGCGUGGGCGACUGCUUUAAGACGGUGGUUAUGAAGCACGAAGGCUUGCGCGCGCUGUAUAUUAGCUUCCCCACCACGCUCCUGAUGAACCUGCCGUACAGUAUGAUUAUGGUGUCGGCGAACGAGACCUUCAAGAAGAUUUUGAACCCGUCUGGAGAGAUGAACGUCUCGGCUUACAUCGCGUCUGGUGCUGCCGCCGGAGCUCUGGCUGGCGCGCUGACGAACCCGCUGGAUGUGGCCAAGACCCGGUUGCAGACUCAGUCGAUGAUGGUCACGGAAGAAGCUUCGGUAGGAAUCCGCGUUCCCUCUCGCUCGAAAUCGGCUUCGAUGUCGCCUCGCUUCUCGAAACCAGAGCUUCAGCUCCAGACGCGUGGCGUUUCCAUCACGGUGCCCCCAUCCUGCUCGAUUAACGGCCGCCCUGGAGUUGAGCGGGCAGAACCGGUUCUGCGUCGGCAGUAUGCUGGCCUGAUGGACGCGCUGAUUCAGAUUAAGGCGCAGGAGGGCUUCGCGGGCUUCUUCCGGGGCGUAUAUCCGCGUCUGCUGGUGCACGCGCCUUCCGUGGCAGUGUCGUGGACAACUUUUGAAGUAUUAAAGAAGACCCUGGACCAGAUGGGCGCCGACGACGACUAGUACCCGAGGCGAACCAUCUACUGUCAAAACACGAGGUUUAUAUCCAGAACUGCAUCGAGGAGGGACGCGCAGAAGCCCGACGACAGGGAGGCAUACAAGAAGAACGACACGCAUCUUGCUACUGUAGCCGCUGGGCAUUUGACCAAAAAGGAAAAUAUAUAGAGUUACUAC